GUGCACAUGUCCAACAGCAAUUUAUGGAAUCAGAUAAUGGUAUAGUUUGCGCUACCAUUGCUUUUGGCAUGGGAAUCGAUAAGGGUGAGUCAUUCGUUCAAUUCAAAUUUCGAAGCCAGUGCCUUGACUGGUCCAAGCCAACAUCUGCCAGGUGGUCCACCUGUUCAUGCCAAAGACUCUUGAGAAUUAUUGUCAGGAAGUUGGCAGAGCAGGACACGAUGGUUUACUGUCCACAUGCUUGAUGUUCCUUUCUGUGCCAGAUAUCCCUAUUUUGGAGAGAUUUUGUUGUGGCGAUACGUGCAGCAAGAGGAGCCUCCACUUAUGGCUCCAAGAAGUAGUGCUCAAAAUACCUGAUAGGGAUGGCACAUUGAGCUUCAACAAUUACCAACAAUCUAAAGAGUAAGCAAUUGACCUACCAUCCUGGGCUUAUGUUAUGCACAACUCGA